GCAGCAGCAGAGUUUUGUGAGGAUGACGAUGAAGAAGGCGGUCUCAGGUGUGUUCAGGAUUCAGGUGUUCUCUGCAUCACGGACCUCUCUCUCCGACGCUCAUCGUUUCUGUCAGGACGGCUGCAGCCGCGACGCCUGCUGCGACGGGUUCAUCCUCAACCAGAACGUCCUGAACGGAGGUUCUCUGCUCUGUGGUUGGCUGAGAGCUCCGUCAGUCUUGAUGUGCGAGGACCAGGACUGGGAUGUGAUUGGACAGGGGAAAGCCAGCCGUAUCUGUGGGGCGGGGCUUACAUACAACGAGCAGCAGAGGAGCUUCGUGUUGGACCUGGGAGGACAGGAGUUCACCAUCACUGAUUCUGCUCUGCCCGCCAACAGCAAGAACAAGAAGGACUACCAGGCCUCCAUCAUCAACUUCCAGGCCGUCUACCUGAACACAGAUCCAGCUCCUGUUGGAUCUGGUUCUUCUUCGUGUGCAGUGGCAGCAGAGCUCGCUCCUCCUCUGGACGUUUCAGUUCAGCAGAAGUUUGAGUCUCUGUCUGAAGACGACGUUCUCGUGGAUCCUCUGAGGAAACUCCCCACGCUCUCCUUCUGGCUCAACGAGAACAACUACGACUCCCAGCAGGCACUGCUGUGGUGCCUGACCCGCUGUGACUCUGAGCAGCUGUGCUCCCUCGCUGACCUCACACCCUCACCUGGAUUCUUCAGGUGCUCCUUGUUACCUGACAGCCGAGUGUGUGGAGCAUACGACAAACCUCUGAGACGCCCCUGUCGCCCCCUGCUGGACAGAACGCCUAACAACACCUACAGCAAGAAGGUUGAUCUGUCCGGAGCCGUGAAGAGUUUCUACGAGAGAGUUUCCUUCAAGAAGAUGGUUUCUUACUCUGUACGCAGCCGAGUCAGCGUGACAGGAAGCACGCCGCUGUCUGACGGGUUCAGGGAGUGUGAGCGGCGCUGUGAUGAAGAUCCUUGUUGCCGCGGUAUCGGCUUCGUCCGAGACACCAAAUCACCAGGGGGGUCAGACGUGGUGUGUCUGUCUCUGAUCAGUCUUGGGGUUCAGACCUGCGCUGAAGACGAGUCCACCACCUGGAGGAGUCAGGACUGCAAACCGUCUGUGGUGCAGACCACGCCGGACCCCUUCGGAUGGUACCAGAAACCCGUGAAUCAGUGGACUUCCUCUCCGGCGCUCUGUCCUCCGUUCGACCUGCCACCCACAAAAAACAACGUGUCUCUGGAUCAGUGGAGUCUCCUCUCAGAGUCCUCAGUCCUCGUCGACCCGUCUCUCUCUACGUAUGAUGUCAUCCACGUGAGCCGGGACAUCGCCACCGUCCGUGACAAGACCAGGGACUGGUGUCUCCACGCCUGUCAGGAGGCGGAGUCUUGUGUCGCCGUCUCUCUCAGUGAGGCGGAGUCCGCCACUCGCUGCGUUCUCUACCCUGACACCACUGCCUGUGGAUUAAGCUCCGCCCCUACUUCGAACAGCCCAUCAUCCUCCUGCAGACUGGUCAUCAGAGAGCCCGCCCCCCAGGUGUACCUGAGGACAGAGCGGUUGCUACCGGUUACGUCGGUCUCCAUCCCAGGUCAUGGCACCCUGCAGGGCGUUGCCGUGGAAACCGCCCUUGGCUCAGACAGGAAGACUGUCGUUCAGUUCCUGGGCGUCCCGUACGCCCGUCCACCAAUAGGACCGCUCCGCUUUGAAGCAGCUCAGCCGUCUGAUUGGUCAGGAACCUGGGACGCCACCAAACCCCGUUCCAGUUGUGUUCAGCCCGGCGAUGUUGAGUCUGCAGCCUCCAGUGAGGACUGUCUCUACCUCAACAUCUUCACACCUGCAGCUCAGAGGGGGCGUGUCCCAGUCCUGGUCUUCUUCUACAACCCUUCAGCCAAUCAGAACCCAGGGCUCUUGGAUGGCUCCACCCUUGCUGCUGUGGGUGAUGUCGUCGUGGUAACGGCCGGUUACAGAGCCGCCGCUCUGGGCUUCCUGAGUACAGGGGCGUCUGGUCUCCAUGGUAACUACGGGCUGUCGGACCAGGAGGCGGUGCUUCGCUGGGUCAACGCCCACAUCUCUCUGGUGGGCGGAGACAACAUGAGAGUGACAGUGGGGGCAGAGCGUCGUGGAGCUGACAUCACCAGUCUUCACCUCCUCUCCUCGUCUCCUCCUCUGUUUCAGAGGAUGCUGCUGAUGGGUGGCUCUGUGUUUUCUCCUUCACUGAUUCAGACUCCCUCCGCCUCCAGACGCCAGGCUCUCGAGCUCGCCAAAGAGCUCGGCUGUGACCUCACAGAUGAUGUCAAGAUGGCCGCCUGCCUCAGAGCGACUCCUGUGCACACGCUCAACGCCGCCCAGACCAAGAUGUUGGCGGUCAGCGGUCCGUUUCAGGCCUGGUCUCCUGUCCGUCAGUCGCUCUCUCAGUCCUUCCACAGAGUCGACCUCAUGCUGGGAACAUCCGAGCAGGACGGCCUGAUCAGCCGAGCUCGCAGGAUUAAGGACUUUGAGGCUCUGCAGGGCCGAGCUGACGGUAAGACGGCGUUUUAUGAGGCUCUGAGUCGCUCGCUCGGUGGAGUGACAGGAAGUGAGCUGCUUAAGGAGGCGGCGUCCUGGUUCUACUCUCUGGAUCACAGUCCGUCAGCAGCUGGUUACAACCUGUUCUCCAGAGCGCUCAACAACGCCACCAGAGAUCUGUUCAUCAUCUGUCCCAGUCUGCAGAUGGCUAGCCACUGGGCUAACAACAAAGCUAACGUCUUCCUGUACCACCAUCCAGCCUCCAGCGCUGACAGCAGGGCCGAGGUGUCUGUUCCUCUGGACGUUCAGUUUGUGUUCGGGACUCCUCAUCGUCCAAUUAGCGCUCAGCGUUUCUCCUCGUCUGACCGCCGCCUCUCUCUGGCGGCGAUGAGCUACGUCUCCAGCUUCGUCCGCAGCGGGAACCCAAACCCUUCGCCUGUGUGGGCGGAGUCAGCUCUGCCCCGCUGGCAGCAGGUGCUGUCCUCUGAGGCCACGCCCACCUACCUGCAGCUUAGCCCCACCCUUGAACAUCAGCAUGGUCUGAGUCGGAACUCGUGUUCGUUCUGGAGUGGACUUGGAAGCAGACUGAGCGGUAAUUCGGGGGCGGAGCCUGUCCAGCCUGCGUUGACCCUUGCGAUCCCAUUGGCUGCUCCAUCCAGCCAAUCACAGACCGAGAAAGACGCCUACAGCUGAGCGGAUGACAUCAUCACCUCUUCUUCAUGACAUCACAGUUUCCUGUUUUAUUAUUCACAUUGAUCACAAAUGUCAAAAUCAAUAAAAGCAUCUUAAACUCCA